UGGGGGCGUCGACCACACCGUCCGUCCGUCCAUCCCCCUCCAGUCUCCAGUCUCUCCCGGCCUGAGUGCUGUGGCAGCAGCACCACUCUCAGUCAAGCAGCGGGACUCCAGGCUCUCACUUCCCCAGCUGCUUACGUCAGCUGGCAGCCUGGGCAGUGCUCGCCGCUCCGGACAUAGCGCCGAGAAAAAUGCUGCUCUCCGUACCGCCAAGGGCAGGAAUCAACCCGUACAGCGGCUUUACCAACAGAAACAGCAAAAAGCAGGCCUAUGUGUCCUCCGGCCACCAGAUGGCUCCCCCCAGUCCCAACAACAACAGUAGCAGCAACAGCAGCAGUGGAGGUGAACAGCUGAGUAAAACUAACCUGUAUAUCCGUGGCCUUCAUCCUGGGACUAUGGACCAAGACCUGGUCAAGCUCUGCCAACCGUAUGGCAAGAUUGUGUCAACCAAAGCCAUCUUGGAUAAAACCACCAACAAAUGUAAAGGCUAUGGCUUUGUGGACUUUGACAGUCCAUCAGCAGCUCAGAAAGCUGUUACAGCUCUGAAAUCGAGUGGCGUCCAGGCACAGAUGGCCAAACAACAAGAACAGGACCCCACCAACCUGUACAUCUCCAACCUGCCAGUGUCCAUGGACGAGCAGGAACUGGAAAGCAUGCUAAAGUCCUUCGGCCAGGUCAUUUCUACACGCAUUCUGCGAGAUGCCAAUGGGACCAGCCGCGGCGUGGGAUUUGCCAGGAUGGAGUCUACAGAGAAGUGCGAGGCCAUAAUUCAGCAUUUCAAUGGCAAAUUCAUCAAGACUCCACCGGGAGUGCCAGUGCCCACAGAGCCCUUAUUAUGUAAGUUUGCAGACGGAGGUCAGAAAAAGAGGCAGAACCAAGGGAAGUACCUCCCCAACGGAAGGCCCUGGGCGAGAGACGGAGAGACUGGAGGAAUGACGCUUGCGUAUGACCCCACAGCCUUACAAAAUGGCUUCUACUCCUCGCCGUACAGUCUGGCUCCAAACAGAAUGAUCGCCCAGACGUCUUUGUCCCCUUACAUGCAUUCUCCUGUCUCGUCCUACCAGAGAUAUAUUGCACUAAUGUGUAAUACACUGUGUGACGUAAAGGUACACAGCCCGUCCUGGAUGCACCAUCAGUCAUACCUCAUGCAGCCAGCUGGUGCAGUUCUUACUCCAACAAUGGAUCACGCCAUGUCCAUCCAGCCCACGUCCAUGAUGGGACCUCUCGCCCAGCAGCUAAGCCACCUGUCCCUGGGCAGCACGGGCACAUAUAUUCCGGCCAACACAACUAUGCAGGGGACAUACAUCCCCCAGUACACCCCAGUGCCUCCCUCCAGUGUCCAAGUAGAGUCAGGAGAACGGUGGUCAACAGCAACAGGUUGCCAUGGAAACCCCCGCAGAACACACCAACUACUCGUACCAACACACUAAGUGACGUCAUGCCACAAUUCUGGGUGAUGUCUUCCAGCUCCAUGGGAGCGGGGCUGAGGCCAUGUGAUGAAUCCAACCAGUCAGGGUUCAGCUAAAAGAAAACCUUGCUUCGUACCGUCACCAAGCAGCCGGACUUGAACAUGGAUGACAAAAGGAACGUAUGCGUGUGUGAGAGAAAGUGUGUGCGUGCGUGUGUGUUUCAGUUGUAAAGAACCAGGACAACACUUACGUCAUUGGAUUGUUCUGUUACCAAACUACCAAAGGAGGUAAUCUUCCCCAGAGAAGAUCUCAUCUAUUUUGAUAACUCAAACCAAGGAACACAACAAAACAUAUAUGUAAAAAAAAAAAAAAAAAUCAAAUUACUAAGGAGGAAAAGACCAGAGCGUUAUUUUUAUGCACGUUAUAUAACAAAUCCUUAUUUUUUAAUGAAAAUUGCAUUCUGGAUGUUUCAGAGUGACUCAAGUUGAAAGAGUUGAAACACAAUGUGUCUUUUAGUUGUUUGUUUGUGUGUCUGUGAAAUAUGCAAAUGUUUUUACUUUCCUGAUGUCUGUUGUUUGACAUUCUAUUUGCAGCAGUGGGACAAUACUUUGUACAGGUUAGGGAAAAAAUGAAAAGAAAAACACUUGCUGGACUUGUCAAGUCAACCGCGCCGUUUAAAGCUACUUCUUCCUCUUAACUGCUGCAGAUAUUUCUAUUCAUGCACACAUGAUAGAAACAUUUAUUUAUGUUUUUUUUUCCAAUUGUGAAUUAAGUGAACAAAAGACAAUCAAUUAUUUCUAUUUAUAUUUGACUUAUUUUUCCGGAGUUUUUAGACCAUUAACACAUACAUUUAUAAUUAAAAAAGAAGUUAUUUAACAGUGGAGUCUGUUAAGAUGAUAAAGAAGCCACACAGUAAUAAGCUGAUAUUUGGGACGUGUAAAAUAGACCCUUUUCACACUCUUUUUAUACUCUGCCUGCAUUUCCUAAAAGUUAGCUUAUAGGAAAUGCCAUUAAUAAUGGUUUUAUUAUUCACAAUGCAGUUAAUAUUUAGACACAAAGAUGGCCGCAAUGCAGCAGUUUAAUGCAUUAAUAAUUCCUUCUCUGAUUUCAGAUCAACAUUUGCAAUAAAAGUGACUGUUGUAAAUCAUUCAUUAGUUCAAGCAGCAAUACACUCCCAUUUUCUCCCUAAUGUAUAAAAAGCGCUUUAUCAAUAAAGUUUUGAUUUGAUUAAUGACCAUCGAUUGCUCGUGGCGAAGGAGGCUAACAAGCUAAAUAGUUGAGGAAAGUUGUAGUCACGCCACAUGUGGGUGAAGUACUCAUAUGAUGUCUUUAAGGUUUUAGAGCAAAGUUAGUUUGGCGAAUUAAAGUUUUCUUCAGGAAGAUAUACCGUAUUUUCCGGACUGUAUAGCACCCACUAAAUUUUGGAGAGUUUUUUUUUUUUUUUACCAUGUAUUAGCCGCACCGGACUAUAAGCCGCAGAUAUAUACGUUGCAAAAUUAGGUAUUUAAACAGAAAUAUUCUGGAAAUGUUUAUUUACAUACCUUAAUUGUUUCCAUAUGGUGCCUUCAACACUGCAGUUAAACGGCUGAUCAAACAAAACAGAAGUCAUUGUCGUGGACCCACUAGCUGCGGAAGCUAGCUCUCCAAUCAGCUAAACAGACUCGAUAAAUCCACAGUGACAUCUUGGUGAAUUUACUGAGGAAUUUGUGAAACUAUACAAAAAGAAUGUCGUCGUAAGUUAUUAAUACCAACACAGACACUCAUGAAUGUGUUAGCAUAUUAGCUAAUGCCUACGACGCUAGCGUCAUUACAUUACGAUAGCACGUACAAAUAUGCAUGAAAACACUCCUACGGACAUCACACAUGGGACGGUUUAGUAAGUAUAAACCGUUUUAGUUAUAUUGUAAAACUUAUAAACAUUGCUUGGAGUUAUGAAUGAAGAAUCCAUAUGAGUAGAAACGCUAUGAACGGCUUGAAUUCUGAAUGGCACGCCACUUCCGGUUGAAGGCACUAAAUGGAAGGACACUGCAGCGUCUGAUAGCGCUAUAGCACAAACAAUAAAACAACUUUUCAAUGUAUUUCCUUUUUUGUUUUUUAACAAUUUUUAUUAUGGCCGUCAGCGAAGAAAAUACAUAAAUUAACCGCACCGUCAAACUGUAGGAAAACAGUAGCAAGUUAUAGUCUGGAAUUUACGGUAAUCACAUAAAACUGAGAUUUUUGUUUAUUUACAUACACACAGACUCAUUCCACUAUUCUAUUAUCUAUUAGUGGUUUUCCUUCGUCGCCACAAUGUUUGCGUCCGUUCUCUUUAACGUAGAGUGUAAGGUGUGUUGUUCCAUUGCCUUGAGCUAACUUUUUUUGGGGGGGGGGAAUUGGCGCUAUGUAAAUAAAAUAAACAUGAGCAAAAACGAGUAGCGAAAGAGAUGAAAGGUGAAAAGGGUCUAUUGAUAUUAUUUUUAUUGUUACGAUUGGACGACAGGAGAAUGACGGGUGUCAAUGUGACGUAAAUCAAACGGACACUUUUCACGCUCCCAGUCGCCAUGUUGAGAAGUGGUUUUAGGCGGUUUUGUUGAAGCAACUUUUCUGGUAUCAUUUCGAUCGACCUGGAUCAAUAAAAUGAAUGCAUUGGCUGUGUCUCAGAUGGAUCACUUUCACCAGUACACUUCAGUAAGUAUACUUAGGUCCUGAGUGCGUGAAUCUUGACAAUGUAGUUUGGUCCCAAAUCCAAUACAGUCGUUAAGCACUUACCGGGUAUGACAAUCAGAAUAUUUAUCCGUUUCCUCAUCUUAUUUCCUAUUUAAAGGUGAAUUGCAACCACUUGAUGCAGCAUUAUUGUCAACAUUCGUAUCGCCAUGUUUUUCCCCCAAUUCUGGACAAAAUAGAAUAGAUGGUGUCCGGCACUGCACUCUGAACAUUAUGACCGUUUAGUGCGCAACAUCAAGUGCACUGCAUUGUUCCGUACUUCUCAGCGUGCACUCAAAAGUGUAAGUACAGGAGUGUGCCAAUUGAGACACAGCCACUCAGCAUAUGAAGCUAGCAAAGACAUGAGGGAAGUCACAUGGAAGACUUAAACGUUCUUUUUGGAGUCGCUGGAAGUCUUUCUCAAUGCUGUUGUUGUCACCUGAGUUUAAGUCAUAGAUUUUUUCUUUUUUGUAAAAAGUUUUUCCUUUUUUGCUGUCACUUGAAAGCCUUUUUUUUUUAAGCUACCUUUCUUUAUUUUUGGAUUGCCUUUGAAGUAGAUGACGUAGAAGCUGUGGAGAAAUAGCUGUAGAUGCUAGUUUGUAGGCUUUUCUCUUGUUUUGAUUCGCACCAAUCUCCGUUCCAAACCUCGCGUCUCUUUUUGUAUCGAUGUUGUCGUGCCGUUGAGCCUUUUUGUAUAAAAAGAAAAACAAAACAAAAAAAAAAAGAGGGAAAAAAAAACAAAAGCCCUUUGGAAAGCUGAACCAAACUCGUUUAGUGCUGAUGCGCAACAUUCAUACUGAUGCUGCACAGGUGUUGUCGCUAAAGUUCACGCGGGCUUCACAAAGAUGGCUGACAAGAGAGGAUAUUUGUGACGCUUGUCCAUUGCACACUGCACUUGCAUUAUAGGUUUGCCCCUUCAAAAUAAGACCACAGGAAUCUUUUAAAAAUUUAACAUAUCACUGACAACUAAUGAAGGAGACACGUUUUUAUUCAAGAGGAAAUUGAGGGCAAAGAGAGGAUGGGACUCGCAUGAUAAUAAUAGUAACUUGUAUUGUAUCAUUGGCAUAGUAUGUGUUUAAUUCAAAAGGAGAGUGAGGGCAGCAAGAGAAAGGGCCUCUGUAUUAAGUAAAUUGCUGCAAAACCUGUAUAAUAAGCAAGUAUGUUUUUAAUUAAAACAUCGACUUGUUUUAUGGAAAAGAGACCGUGGGCAGCAAGAGAAAGUGCACACUUGGGGUGGGGAUCACAGACUAACUUGCAUUGUACCAUUGGCAAAGAUGUUUUUUCAUUCACGUGUUACAUGUUUCAUUCAAAAAGAGAUGAGGGCAACAACUGAAAGGGCCACUGUGGACACUAAGGGUGGGGAUCGCAUUGUAACUUGUGCUGUAUCAUUUGCAAAUACAUAAUUUUAUUCAGACGGAGAUUGAGGGCAACAAAGAGAGCGAGGGUGGUAAUUCAAUAGUAACUUGUAUCAUUGGCUGACAUGUUUUCCUCUUUGAUAAAUUACUUGCUUUAUUCAAAAGGAGACUGAGGGCAGCAAAAGAAAAGGCUGCUACAUAAAAGUGGACACUCAGGGUGGUUAUUGCUUUAUAACUUCUGUUGUAUUAUUGGCUAAGAUGUUUUUUCAGGAAUUGUUCUAUAGGAUAUUGAGGGCAGCAAGACAAAGGGCCACUCUCUAACAAGGUAGACACUAAGGGCAGGAAUCAAGUUGUUAUUUGUAUUGAAUUACUGGCUAAUAUAUUUUCUCAUUGAUAUAUUACACGUUUUAUUCAGAAGAGAAAGGGUCACUGCAUCAAAAUUGACAUGAAGGGUGGGAGUAAUUUCUCAUCGAUAUAGUACGCAUUUUAUUCAAAGGGAGGUUGAGGGCAGCAAGAGCACGGGCUACUGUCUGCAUCAAUGUGAACGCUAAGGGUGGGAAUUGCAUAGGAACUUGUAUCAUUGGCUAAGAUCAUUUGUCAGAGUUGUGACACAUUUUAUUCAAAAAGAGACUGAGGGCAGCAAGAGAAAUGGCCGCUACAUCAAAGUGGACACUCAUGUUGGGAAUUGCAUCUUAGCUUGUCUUGUAUCAUUGGUUAAGAUGUCUUUUCAUUGAUGUAUGACAUGUUUUAUUCAAAGGAGAUUGAGGAGGUUGAGGGCAGGAAGGGAAAGGGCGGAUCGUGGGAAUGACGUUGUUACUUGUAUGGUAUUAGUGGUAAAUAUAAUUUAUUGCUGAUAUAUUACAUAUUUUAUUCAAAAGGAGGUUGAGGGCAGGAAGGGAAAGGUAACAAAGUGGACAGGCAGAGUGGGGAUUGCAUAAUAACCUGUGUUCUAAUAUUGACAAAUAUGUUUUUUGAUUAAUACAUUACACAAUUUAUUCAAAAGGAGAUUGAGGGCAGCAAGAGAAAUGGCCGCUGAAUCAAAUUGGACUCUCAGGGUGGGAAUUGACAAUUGACUUGUGUCGUAUCAUUGGGUAAAAAAAAAUGUUCCCUGAUGUAUUACGUGUUUUAUUUAAAAGGAGAUUGAGGGCAGCAAAUUAAAAGUCUGUUGUGUCGAAGAGUGAAAAUUGCAUAGUAACUAUAUACUAACUAGAUAUUUUGUUAUCAAUAUAGUGGGAGAAAAAUAUAUAUCAUACAUGUAUGAUGUAUGGACAUUAGAGUCCGGCUCUGAUUGGGUGUAUUUGUAUUUUUUAAAAAUUUAACUUUAAAAAGAAAACAAAAAACAUUUUAAAACUAAUUUAAGCGAGAUUUUGACCCGCUAUUUUUCUAAAUAGUCCUGAGCUGUGACUGAGCAGCAGUCUUUUCUUCCUAAAAAAAAACAAAACAUGAACGUCCUCUGCAGUGUGUUUUGCACAAUAAGAGUUUAUCCAAAAUGUUUACUCUGACAAGAGAAAUAGACGAAAAACAAAUGUCCACUACAGUGGACGCUGGUUCUCAGGAGGACAUGAUAUGGCUUCUGUGUACAUAACAAACAUCCUCAGUGUGCAGUGGGAAAGUGUCUUUCAGCAUGUGACCGUGCAAGGAAGGUUUCAUGCCAGUGUUGUUGUGUCCUGCAGGAUUGUCAGGACUGUCAGCCCGUCCGUCGCUACGCUUCUCUUCCUGUUCUCGUCGCACUCUGCCGUGCGCUGCGUCCUUCAUUUGUGCAACCAAAGCUGCUCUCGUGUGACGCGCGCUGGAUGUUAUUUUCUGCAGUGCAAGAUGAAAAUAAUGCGGAUUCUCAGUCAUCCACGUCACGGAAAUCAGCAAAGGUUGAAUUGAGGCAACUUGAGUCUUUUAGUUUUUUGGAAAAUGUUUUACCUUUCAUCAAGAUGUGUACCGAGUACCGGUAGUUCCUUAUUUGGUCGUGUCAAUGAGGACCGUGAAGAUUCUGGACUAACAAUACUGCUAUCGGUAUUUUUUUAUCCAGCUGACUGACACGCAUAACUAAUUAUGACACGCUGUCACGUUCAGUUCAGCUGGCGCUGCUACACAUUAAAAUCUGCUUUGAAUAAUGACAAAUAAGGAAGCAACACCACACAAGUUUGUAACCACAAUGUUUCCUCCUCAAAGUCUGUUUGAAGGGAACGCACUUUACUCACGACCGCGUUUUGUUAGCCGUCCUCCUAGCGUUGCAUUAAUGCACAGGCCAAUUUUAAUCUACUCAAAAAAGUUAAAAAUUGAGCUCAUAUAAUAAUACAUGAAGUUGAUUUAAAGCAGGGGUGUCAAACUCAUUUUAGAUGGGGGGCCACAUGGAGAAGAAUCUACUCCCAAGUGGGCCGGACUGGUAAAAUCACGGCACGAUAACUUAGAAAUAAAGACAACUUCAGAUUGUUUUCUUUGUUUAAAAAUAGAACAAGCACAUUCUGAAAAUGUACAAAUCAUAAUGUUGUUGGGGUUUUUUUACGCUUACAUGUUGCGGUUAAUAGUAUUCUAUCUUUAUUUGUCGUUAUUUAUAUUUUCUGGAUAAAUUAUGUGAUAAUAUUCAUCAGUCAACUCAUUGGUGUUCAUUUUCAAUCUAUCAAGAUAAAAAAAAGUAUCAAAAUCAGAUUACAGGAUGUUAUUCAUGUAGUUUGAUCAUUUUCCUCGACUGGUGCACUAACAUCCUGUGGUUUAUUUUUUGUACAUAUGUAGCAUCAUCUACAAAGAUACAAAGAAUUGCUAUUGUGACAUCUAGUGGACACAUUUAGAACAGCAGUUUCUUUCACUCUAAGAAUUUCGGCUCAUUUUUAUACUUAGCAAACUCAUCCCGCGGGCCGGUUAAACCUGUUCGUACGUUUGACACCCCUGCUUUAAAGCAAUGUAGCAUCCGCUGUGACUGACAGGUCUCUGGUUGCCAUCAGACGUCACUCCAUUGCACCACGUGUGCGUGUCAAUCAACACACCUUGUUAAAUGUGUUUCACUCAGUUCUGACUACAAACUGGACGAUGGAGCAUCACAUUUUUUUACUGAGUCAUUUUAUGUGUAUAACACACACUACACACACACAUACUGCACAUCGGGAGCUGUCUACACUCAGUAUGGCUUCUCAAAUACGUCCGUGUGCAACAUAAACACUAAUAACAAUUCCUAUUGUUACAAAGUGCAUACCCACAUUACAUUGUAUUGAUUUACAUCAUAUAUACUUGAUAUGAUGCAUCAUGUGAAAAUGUAUGUUCUCUGCACUUUAUUAUUAUUUCCAGCUGAGUGUAAUUGUAAUGAAUAGAAGCACAGGGAGGAAUCUGUGUGCUCUUUACAAGAAGAGGACAUGACUGCAUUUCACCUUGUUGACUUGUUUAAGACUUUAAAAAAAACAGGUGUUAAUCAAAUACUUCCCUGCUCUGAGAUGUUACAGUUCAUCUUGUUGGAGGUCCUAUGGUUUAAUUUGUGCUAAUAGAAAUGCUAAUUAAAAUGUUUUUUUUUCACAUCUUUAUUUCUACAAAUUACAUAUAGUUAUGAUAAAUACCGGUAUGGAUAAGGGUAUUGUACCGAUUAAAAGAGGCCAAAAAGUUUGGACACUCAAAGAGUUUUCUUUAUUUUCAUGACUAUUUACAUUGUAGAUUGUCAGUGAAGGCAUCAAAACUGUGAAUGAACACAUGUGGAGUUAUGCACUUAACAAAAAAAGGGGAAAUAACUGAAAACAUGUUUUAUAUUGUAGUUUCUUCAAAAUAGCCACCCUUUGCUCUGAUUACUGCUUUGCACACUCUUGGCAUUCUCUCGAUGAGCGUCAAGCACACCUGUGAAGUGAAAACCAUUUCAGGUGACUACCUCUUGAAGCUCAUCGAGAGAAUGCCAAGAGUGUGCGAAAAAGUAAUCAAAGCAAAGGGUGGCUAUUUCCAAGUUUCAAGUUUUUAUUCGUCACAUGCAGAGUACACCACAGUGAAAUGCUCUUCAGAUAUUGCGUACAGUGGGAUCCAAACACUAGUUGCAGAAUCUAAUACACUAAAUACCAAAAAUACAAACAUUUGAAUAGCUCUGAUGUACGUUAAUUACAAGACAAUAAGUCACAGUAGUUAUGGUAGAGGUAUCAGUACAAGUAGAAAUACAGUAGUCAAAUACAGUACCAGUGCAAUAUCAAAUAGUAUAACAGUAUAUACAGUAUAGGAAGCAACAACUACUAAGGUGUCUACAGUUCUUUGGCAGUUGAGUAGUGACAGUAGUAUGAACAAAGGUAAUGGAACAGUAUGACUUCUUUAUACUCUGGUUUUUACAUUAUUUACAGUCAUGGAAUGAACAGUAUUGUAGUAUUGAAGAAAGUAGAAUAUAAAACAUGUUUCCAGUUAUUUCACAUUUUUUGUUAAGUACAUAACUCCACAUGUGUUCAUUCAUAGUGUUGAUGCCUUCAGUGACAAUCUACAAUGUAAAUAGUCAUGAAAAUAAAGAAAACACAUUGAAUGAGGAGAAAGUGUGUCCAAACUUUAGGCCUGUACUGUGCUGUCUAUCCCCAGUGUGGAGUGGGCAUGUUUGUCAACAAGCAUCCUGCUGGCAAAACAAGAUGAGACUGUUAAAGGGAGAAAUGUGGGGACAUUGCUAUCCUCCUUCUGAGAGGAUUGAUUGAAUGAAACUUUUAUUAGUAGAUUGCACAGUACAGUACAUAUUCCAUACAAUUGACCACAAAAUGGUAUAAGUUUUUCAACGUGUUUAUGAUACAGAUAUAUACUAUCAUCAUAAUACAGUCAUCACACAAGAUAAUCAUCAGAGUAUAUACAUUGAAUUAUUUACAUUAUUUACAAUCUGGGGUGUGGGAUAUGGAGGGGGGGGGGGGAGGUAGGUUUGGUUGAUAUCAGCACUUCAGUCAUCAACAAUUGCAUCAUCAGAGAAAUGGACAUUGGAACAGUGUAGGUCUGACUUGGUAGGAUACCUUUCUAGUUAGACAUAGAUGGCUUCUUCCAAUGAAUGUCUCUUCUUCUUGAGAUUGCCUCCAUUCAACCUUUUACUGACUGGCGAAAGACUCAAACGGACUCCGAAUCCAUCCGGCGUUCUCGACACGUGGAAAGUAAACAGGAAGCGUAGAAGGAAACUCUAAUGGGCUUAGACAACUUCCCAGAGGAACUCCCCGUGCAACUUGAGAGAACACAUUUUGUACAUAGUCUUUUUUUUAAUUUUUAUUCUCCCUUCACUUUCUUUUGACAUUGCUCGUUUUUGUUUUUUUUUUGUGUGUGUGUGUGUGUUUUGAAGUUUUAUCUCGUUGCAUAAACUGUCCGGAUCUCCCAAGUCAUCCCAGUCAAUGGCGCCCAUGUGGAGCAUGUCGUGGAAGUUGUUAAGACAAAUGAUUUUGUGUGUGUCGGCCAUCACUUUGACCCGACCACAACAACAACAAACAGGAUUUUGGAACUAUGAAAUGACAACUUGUUACAAUGCAGUGUUUAUUUAUUUUAUGAUUUCUUCUUUUUGUUUUGUUUUUUAACCAAAUUAUAAGCAAAGAUAAUGUUACAGUGAACGUUUCUUGGAAUAUUAGUAUUUUCUCAUGCCGGUUUGUCACCAUGCACUUAUUUGUUCUUACGGCGACUUGAUCGGACGCCUCCUUGGAAAAGAUUGACGGCUUGUUUCAUAGAUUCAAAAUGUUUUGCUGCUAAAACAGGAUGUUCUCAGCAGGCGCUUGGUCGUCACCCGGUUAGCAUUUUCAUCAUUGAUUCUUUGUCAGUACUACGCAGUGCAACAUCUCCCACUGGUGCAGUUUCCACAAAGUAUGACAAAUUUGUCCACGCGAACUGAAUCCUUUUUGAAAAUGCAGCGGGGGGGCGUCUCUCAACUCCUGCUUGUGAACACUUUUCUUAUUUAUACAAGAACUCAUUUUGUACAGUUUUGUUAAAGGAAAGAGCUUUUUGAUAUUUGCUUACUUUGCGAAGCCACUCGGCUACUGUUGUCUUCCUGUGCCAGAGUUUCUAAAAAAAUUUUUUUUUAUUAAGUAAAGAUUUUUUUUCUUCUGUCUUGGUUUUCUCUUUGAAUUUGAAAAUGUCCAUUGUACUUUUUUGUAAUAAAAAGCUUUGUUCCGA